AUGUCCUCCCACCCUGGCCCAUCUAAGCCUUCAGCUUCUAAAGAGAGCUGUGAGCACCCUGGGAGCCAGACAGGGGACGAGCAAGGUUGGCAGGUUGCCAUGGCAUCUAGACCCAACAUGAUGGCCCCCAUUUGCCUGGUGGAAAACAGCAAUGAGCAGCUGUCAGUGAAUCAGGAAGCUCUAGAGAUUCUUGACCAGAUUUCUCAGCCAGUGGUGGUUGUGGCCAUUGCAGGAUUGUAUCGUACAGGCAAAUCCUACUUGAUGAAUCGGCUUGCAGGACAGAAUCACGGUUUCCCUCUGGGCUCUACGGUGCAGUCUCAAACCAAGGGCAUCUGGAUGUGGUGUGUGCCUCACCCCUAUAAGCCUGAUUGCACUCUGGUCCUUCUAGACACCGAGGGCCUGGGAGAUGUGGAAAAGGGCGACCCUAAGAAUGACUCAUGGAUCUUUGCCCUGGCCGUGCUGCUAUGUAGUAGCUUCGUCUACAACAGCAUGAGCACCAUCAACCAGCAGGCCCUGGAGCAGCUGCAGUAUCCUUCCAGGAACCAAACCUACAUGGAGGCUAUGGGGAUGGAGAUCCAGGAUUUCUCCCUGGAGCUGGAGUUAAAUGGUCACCCUGUCACAGAAGAUGAGUACCUGGAGAAUGCCUUGAAGCUGGUUCCAGGUAACACAGUGUAG